GUCGUCGAACAUCACCCCCGGCCGACCCUGCGACCCCGCCGUGCUCCGACGAGUCAGUGAACCUGGGCAUAUAAAAAGCGCAGAAGAGGGAGCGCAAAGCCCGACGAGACGUCUCCGGCAUACACGCUGCCAUGACCGAAUCUGCUCCAGCAGCACCAAGCAGGGCUCUACCGCCAAUUCCCCACGACGCCGCAAUAUCGAGGCCGCAGCCGCAGUUCGACUCAGACCGGUCGAGCCGGUCGAGCACAGAGAGCCGCACACACUCCCUCCGACGCAAGCCAGUUCCGGGAGCUGCACAGCCUGCCAUUCCAUCAUUCAGCAUCAACGAGCAUGAGGACACGGCGGCGGGAGGGCGUGAAUCGAGGCAGUCGGGUUCGUCGCUUGCACCUAGUUCAAUUGGGCAUUCGAGAACGCCGUCGCGGGAAACGCCGGAUAUGAUGGCGAACAGAGACUCAGGGAACGCGAUACCGGUGACGAGAGACAUUCCUAUUCGACAGCUGAACAUCAGCAACAGCACGUACAACGCACGGUAUUCGCACGCAGCGGAAAUGGACAAUGCAGACCUGCAAGACGAACCUGACCUCGCAGUAUACAGCCCCGGCGAGCAGUAUCAGCCUGCCUUGUACCACCUGCAGCCCACGCCUCCGCCCCAUGCAGUCUCGCCGCGUGAAGUCGUACAUUCGCCCAGCGCUGAGUCGCAACAUUCUGCCAGAAGUGACAGCAGUGGGCACCGCAACAAUUUCAACUUUGGCUUCGACGGCCCGCUACAAGUACCCCGCACCACGCUUCCGAGACCCAGUUCCGCAUAUACAUUGGGUUCCGAGCUGAAUGCUCGAGGUAGCACGCAUUCGCCCCACCUGUCCGUGGGAGGCUCUCCGUCGUCCAAUGGUUCACAAGUUAGUUAUGCACGGCAACUGUCCGGAAACCGUCGAUCUCCCGAAAGCAGGCCGUCUUCCUACGUCGACCUCCUGAACCUGCCCUACAACCAGCAAAUCGCACCCUCAGCGAAUCUAGGCAACUCCGCGCUUCGACAUGCGGUCGGCGAAAAUGCAUCGCUUCUUGAUACGAAGAAGACGCUUGAAAUGUACAGGGCGAAUGUGAAGAAGACCCAGGACAAUGCUGUGCAGUACGAGUUUGCUCUUUUCAUGGUACAAGUUGCACGGGAAAUUAUGGCGUCGGAUCCUUCGAUCGACAGCUAUGGCUUGACGCCGGCGGAGAUGCUCCGGGAAGCACGACAGAUUCUCCAGCGGCUAGCCGACCGGAGUUACCCAUUCGCACAGUAUUACCUUGCAGACGGUUACGCCUCAGGCCUCUUUAACAAGGACAAGCCCGACUACGACCGAGCAUUCCCGCUCUUUAUCGCUGCCAGCAAACACGGCCACGCGGAAUCGGGGUACCGUGCGGCGCUUUGCUACGAGUUCGGGUGGGGGUGCCGAAAGGACUAUGCCAAAGCCGUGCAGUUCUACCGCGCCGCAGCAUCGAAGAACCAUCCAGGCGCAGCGACACGCCUGGGCAAGGCCUGUCUGACCGGCGACAUGGGCCUCCAAAACCGAUACAGAGAAGGCGUGAAGUGGCUUAAACGAGCAACCGAGUCGGCGGAUUAUCAGUAUAACAGCGCCCCAUACGAGCUAGGUCUGUUGCACGAGACCGGAUACGGCGACGACAUCUUCAAGGAUGAAAUCUAUGCAGUGCAGCUCUUCACUCAAGCCGCCGAACUGGGCCACCCACAAGCGGCAUUGAAGCUGGGAGAAGCUUACGAGCACGGCUACCUUCGCUGCCCCAAGGAUGCCGCGCUAUCGGUACACUACUACAAUUGUGCUGCCCAAGCUGACAUCCCGGAAGCCAUGAUGAACCUCUGCGCGUGGUAUAUGGUGGGCGCCGAGCCCGUUCUCGAGAAGGACGAGAAUGAGGCGUAUGAGUGGGCCAAGCGAGCUGCGGAGCAUGGCCUUCCAAAGGCAGAAUAUGCGUGUGGCUAUUUCACAGAAAUGGGCAUUGGCUGCCGGCGCGACCCCCUCGAAGCAAACGUCUGGUAUGUCAAAGCCGCCGACCACGGAGACGAAAGAGCAAAGCAGCGCCUUGCCAUCAUCCAGGCGGCUGCAUCGGGUCAGACCCAACUUCCGAACAACGACAAAUCGAAGCUCAAGAAGGGAGGCAAAGAUGAGAAUUGCCUGGUCAUGUGAGCACUCGAUUGUAUUCUGGAUUUCGUCGCUUGCAUCUCUUGUUUUCGCUCUUUUCCCAACCUUGAGCCUUAUGUUUUGAUUAAUGUGCGGUGAGGAUUUCUCUUCUUCAGCUUGACGGCAUUUCCAAGGGGUCUGGUUUUGCAUUGGGGCUCGGGGUUGCAUAUUCUUACUGCAUGUUUUGAGGCCUUCAAAAAUUUUCAUUGCGUCGCAAAUUUUGCAUACCUCCAAAAGGACCAGGAGUAGGUCCAGAUGAGUUUUCGGAUACCGGUUGUUGAAGUAAUAGUAGGUCGGCGGGUUAGCAUCGAAGAGGAUAAUGUCUGUUCGAAACGGUUGUUCGCGGCUUUGUGGUCCCUCAAUUGUUUCCAACCAGCGUCACAUGGGCUCAACCUCUUACGUUAUGUUGAGUGGCCUGAAGAGUUUGCUACCGUGUUUUCAGGUCCGCUGAGCAGAAAUAUCGGCUUAAC